UUCACUCGUUAGUAUUUCGUUCAUUCAUUCUAAACUUGAGUUUGUUGUGGUGCGGCAAAUAGUGUGAGAGUGUUGAAUUUGAAUAUUUUAAAAUAAUUUGUCCCAAAUACAUCGUAAAUAAACCACAAUGAAGAUAGAGGAAGUAAAAAGUACUGCUAAAACCCAAAGAAUAUCAGCCCACAGUCAUAUUAAAGGUUUAGGAUUGGAUGAAAAUGGAGUUCCCAUUCAAAUGGCAGCCGGUCUCGUGGGGCAGGAAUCUGCGAGAGAGGCUGCAGGAAUAGUAGUUGAUAUGAUAAGAAGCAAAAAGAUGGCUGGCCGGGCUUUGCUCCUGGCUGGGCCCCCUGGCACGGGUAAAACUGCCAUUGCUUUAGCAAUUGCCCAAGAACUAGGAACCAAAGUGCCAUUCUGCCCUAUGGUUGGUAGUGAGGUAUACAGUACUGAAAUUAAGAAAACUGAAGUACUUAUGGAAAACUUCCGACGCGCCAUCGGCCUACGAAUUCGUGAAACAAAAGAGGUUUAUGAAGGAGAAGUCACUGAACUUACUCCAGUGGAAACUGAAAAUCCGGCUGGAGGUUAUGGCAAGACUGUUUCUCAUGUCAUAAUUGGCCUGAAGACAGCUAAAGGUACAAAACAGCUGAAGUUGGACCCUACCAUUUAUGAGUCACUACAGAAAGAAAAGGUAGAAGUUGGAGAUGUCAUCUACAUUGAAGCCAACUCUGGAGCUGUAAAGAGGCAGGGAAGAAGUGAUACCUUUGCCACUGAGUUUGACCUUGAGGCUGAAGAAUAUGUUCCGCUGCCAAAAGGUGAUGUACACAAGAAGAAAGAGGUGGUUCAGGAUGUAACUUUGCAUGACCUGGAUUGUGCCAAUGCUAAACCCCAGGGUGGGCAAGAUAUCAUGUCAAUGAUGGGGCAACUAAUGAAGCCAAAGAAGACUGAGAUAACAGACAAGCUGAGGAAAGAAAUCAACAAAGUAGUAAAUAAAUACAUAGACCAAGGUAUAGCUGAAUUGGUGCCAGGAGUUCUGUUUAUAGAUGAGGUACACAUGCUAGAUAUCGAAACUUUCACAUACCUACACCGAGCGUUAGAAUCCGCUAUUGCGCCUAUUGUUAUUUUCGCUACCAACAGGGGAAAAUGCCAAAUAAGAGGUACUGAAGAUAUUAUUUCCCCACACGGUAUUCCACUAGAUCUUUUGGACAGACUUCUGAUUAUUCGCACUUUGCCAUACAACAAAGCUGAGCUUUUGCAGAUAUUGAAACUUCGAGCGGCGACAGAAGGUAUCGCUAUUGAUGAUGAAGCCCUUACUGCGCUCGCAGAGGUUGGAGCUAACAGUACUCUCAGGUACGCAGUACAGCUACUGACGCCGGCUUCUCUGGCGGCUCGAGCGGACGGUGCGCAGCGCAUCACUCCCGCACACAUCACCUCCGUGCACACUCUGUUCCUCGACGCCAAGUCCUCAGCACGCAUCCUCACGCAGCACUCCGACAAGUACAUGAAGUAAACUUAAGCGCUCUAUACUCUAUUCACGUAAAUGUUAGAUAUAUAAACAAACCUUUAAUGUCUGUUUAACCCAUUUUAAACUUCUUUACUUUAUGCGUGGCAUAAAAAACAAAAUAAUUAUUUAAAAACAAACUAUUUACUGCCAUCAUUUGACAUUCCACCUAACACAAGUUAAAAUCGGUUGAAUGGAUGGUAGAAAAUGUUUACUUAACAUCUAAUUUUAUGUUGAAAGGAGUUCAUCGAUCAAUCCAACUACCUAUAAGCCUAUAUUGAUUGAAUAGAUUAUUUCUUACAACUGUCGAUAUCUCAUAUUACGUACAUAUACAUUCAUGUAUGUAGAUUUAGAUGUCAUUCAAUGUCGUAGUAUUGAAAUAUUUACUCAUAGGUAUGCUAUAACCCAUAUAAUGUAUUUCCAAUGAGACAGAAUCUUCAUGUUUCCAUUAUUAUUUAGUUUGACACUGUUCUUGUGAUAUUUUUAUUUGAUAGCACUGUUUAUGAUAGUUCAAUCAACUUCUAUAAAACAAUAUUUCUAGUAAUUGUAUACAUUAGAGGAAUGUCUAUUUUUGUUCUGAUUAAGGAAUUACACUUUAGUUUGAUGGUAUUUGCUCCACCGAAUGUUACAUAUUAUUGGUGUUCAAGAAAGAAAGUGGAA